ACACCCAUUUUAUAACCUAUUUAUUUAUCUCUUAUAAUAAUAUGGAGCUUCUGUCUGUGACUUUUGCAAAGUGGAUAAAAUUUCUUUGAUAAAGUCUAUAAAACAUCGCCUAUAAAUUUGUUCUGUAAAUUAGCAAACUUUGACGUUAGAGCAAUAUUGACGUCAAAGGAAAGUGUAUUAAAUUAGGGAAGCCAUUGCAUUGCACUUUUAAAUUUAAGGCUAAAUAACUUGGAAACGGAUGGAAAUAACUGAUGUCACCUCCUGCGUGGGUAACUAGGGACCACCUGGGACCAAUUUGGAAAAGAAGAAACUUGAAAAUAAACUGGAACAUCUAAGGAUGAAACGCAAAGAUCUUGAAUCUAAACAGGACACAGUGUCUAGGAAAAAUUUAUUGCUCUCUCAAAAAAAUGAAAAUAUGUCAAUAUGCAAAGAUUAAAUGAUGGGCUGCAGAAAGACGUGUCUGCUGUUAAGAAACAGAUCACUGAUGGGGAGAAACAACGAGAGAACCACAUGAACGUCAUCCAGUCGAGAUAUGACGAAUUGGCUGAUAACUUCAGAAAUGCCAUGAAAUACUAUGUAGAUCCUGUAUUAAGUACUGAAGAAGGAAUGUGGAAAGUUUCAUGUGAAGCGAAAAAGAAUGAGAUUACAAAUGAAGAAGACACGCUGUCAAAAAUGAUGGAACGUUUGGAAAAACUAAAAAUUAUAAAAGGUGUGCCCGAGGAAAAACCUCCCAAAUCAAUCUGGAGACAGUAUCUAGAUGCAGAGAACACUGCGCUGACGUUGUUUCAAAGAGAAAACCAGCUUGCUGAUACCGCUGUUAAAGAAUUAUAUAAUGCUCUUCAAUCGGAAGAUAAAAAUGUACACGAAAUUGAAGAGAGUUUGUUUCAGCUGAAGAAUCACAAAACUUUUUAACGUGAUGUUGUAAUAUUGAAUUGUUAUGAAGAGAUUCAACUCAACAGAACAUUUCUGUUGUCAAGUUACGUCU